GAUCCCGGCGCCGCAGCUCGGUAGGCAGGGCCAACGUUUCCGUAAGGAUCAUUACAUGUUAAGGAAGCAAUGUUUGCUUCAGUUCAGCUGCUGUGACGGACCAUAUCGGCUCCACACCGACCGCUCGCCAUUUUAAUCUGUCAUUUGGGGAAUAACUGGCACAUUUAUCCAUCAUACGGCGUUUCUUUACGGUGACGCAGAUCUCCACGAUGAUGGACAUGGAGGUGAUGCAUUCCAGUCAACAGGACAUGAACCUGAUUGACAUACUGUGGAAGCAGGACAUCGAUCUGGGUGCCAGGCGAGAGGUGUUCGACUACAACCAUCGCCAGAAGGAACAUGAACUGCAGCGGCAGAGGGAGCUGGAGGAGGAGAAGAGGCUGGAUCAGCUGCGGGAGCAGGAGAAGGCGCUGCUUGCGCAGCUACAGCUCGACGAAGAGACGGGGGAGUACAUACCAUGCCCACCGACCAGCGCCCCGCUGCAGACGGCUGUCACGCCUCUGGAGGUUACGCAGAAUGUAAGCUUCACUGAGGAGAACGGUGAUGCCAUGUCUUUUGAUGAAUGCUUGCAGCUGCUUGCAGAGACAUUUCCUGUUGUGGAACCUGAGAACUCCUCAGUUUGCCUGGACACAGCACCCAUGAUGUCUCCUGAGCAGCAAGGCUUGACGCCGGCCACCAUCUCCCCACCACCACCACCACUACCACCCCAACAGAGGAUGUCCCCAGAUCUGGAACAGGCCUGGAUGGAGCUUUUGUCCCUCCCCGAGCUGCAGCAAUGCCUGAACAUGCAAAUGGAGGACACACUGGAGACCACAGCUUAUCCUCCUCCAAGCAGUGCGGACAUCCAGGCUCCAAACUACCCAUUCUAUCCCAUGACCAAUCUCACAGAGGGGGAAACAAACAGUGUAAAUGUUUGUCCGGCAGAGUUUAUGAAUACUUUCAAUAGCUCUGUUCCCAGUAUGGCUCCAGCAGACACUCUGAAAGCGGAGGCUCCAGAGUUAAAUACUAACUUCAGUGCAGAAAACUUCUGUGACAUUUUUUACCCCAAUCCCAUUCUGGAAGAGAGCAGUGGUCAGCACAGUCUUGAAGGAAAUGAAAUGAACACCAUGUCUGACAUCCAAAACAAGCCUCCUUACACACCUCUAGACCUUUACAGCCUCUCACCGGGUGAUGCAUUUGAGAGAGGCAAACAGAAUCUAACAGCAGACAUGCCGGACUCAGAUUCAGGGAUCUCCUCAAACACAAGUCCCAAUGCGAGCUCUCCAGGGAAGUCUGUGUACGGAGAUGGCUCAUUUCUAUACAGUGAUUCAGACAUGGAGGAGAUGGACCACAACCCUGGAAGUGCAGAAUCUGAUUACUCAGACAUGUUCUCCAUUAAUUUCCAACCUGAUGACCUCCCGUCAGCUGUCCCUGUAUCCACUCUCACAGGGCAACCACAGCAGAAGGAAAAGAAACCCAAACAGCACAAGACAGAUCCAACAGAGGAGAGUGGCCACAACAAUGCUCCCUUCACCAAAGACAAGCUGAAGAAACGCUCGGAUGUGCGUCUCUCCAGAGACGAACAAAGGGCGAAGGCCCUCAAAAUCCCCUUCACUGUAUCUAUGAUUAUCAACCUGCCCGUUGACGAUUUCAACGAGAUGAUGUCAAAGCACCAACUAAAUGAGGCUCAGCUGGCUCUGGUCCGAGACAUACGGCGGCGAGGCAAGAACAAAGUGGCUGCCCAGAACUGCCGCAAGCGCAAGAUGGAGAACAUAGUGGGUCUGGAGAGCGACCUGGACUCGCUGAAGGAGGAGAAGGAGCGUCUGCUAAGUGAACGGAGCCAGAACACCGCAGACCUGAAGGAAAUGAAGCAGCAGCUCAACAGCUUGUACCUGGAGGUUUUCAGCUUGCUCAGAGAUGAGAAGGGGAACUCUUACUCCCCGUCUGACUACUCCCUGCAACAGUCUACGAACGGCAGCAUCUUCCUGGUUCCUCGCGUUAAAAAGACUUUCAUCAAGAGCGAAGACAAACACUUAUCUCCUUAAUAAUAUGGUACUGCUUUCUUAGAGUAAUACUAUGCAAUAACUUUGUAGUUGCUCAGCUUUAAAGCAUUACUUGCUUAGCAGAACUAUUGUAUAGUUUUGGUGCACUUCUCUUGAAUGUAAUAUUUUUGAUAUUUUACUUCUUUUUUACUCUAUUGUCACAGAUUCUUUAACCAAUACCGUUUGUAAAUAUGAGCAUCACUUGCUUUUGAGAUGAUAAAACUGUUACUGUACGUUUGUGUAAAUAUAUAUAUAUAUUGUAUAUAUCAUAUUUCUGUAUGCUAAUGAUUGUUUCAAUCAUUAUUACAUAUAUUUUAUAACUGUCCCUGUAUGAUUUGCUGCCCAAGUUCUUUUUUUAAAUCUUCUGUGCUUUUAAAUAAAGUCUUCAUAGU